GACAGUAGUCAAGUCAAAUCUGAAGUUGACGCCAUUUGGCAAGUUAUAUAUUUCAAUAGGCAAAACAAUAAGUAGAAAAUUGUUAGUUAGAAAAUUUAUAAAAAUGGAUGAUUCGAAUACAUUAGAUCAGGAAGAUGAAUUCGAAAAGUAUUUGGAAAUUUUAAAAAGUUAUUUGAACGAGCUUCAAGAUCAAAAGCUUCUUGAAAUCUGUAGUGCAUGGGUUGUAAGACUUUCAGCAUGUAGAGACGAUGAAAAAUCCUUACGUAAUAGAUACAUUUUUUCUUUAUGUUAUCAGUUAUCUAAAGGUGUUUUAGAUGAUCCAUUUACGCAAUCACCUUCAGCGAACAUUAAUUUGCCGCCUCUAGUAGACAGUUUACAAAGCGAAAAUUCAUCUGAAGUGGAAUAUGCGGUGAUAAACCCAUAUGAACCUAACUCCCUGGCCAAUGAAGACGACCUUGAUAAUUUGCAAAAUCAUAAAUUAAAUUUAAAGACAAGCAAAACUUUUGAGACAACAACGAGACCUUCAAGGAGUAUUAAUGAUUUCAAUCGAAAAAUCCUACAUUGUAAUUGCCCCGCUCAGUCAGAAGAUAAUCGGUGUUCCUCUGCGGAAUAUCAAUUCAGGACUGCUAGUCUAAUUAGAAAACUUCGUGAUAUAAAGGCACAAAAUAGCUUGUUGCACAACGAGUUGGAAUCUUUGAGACACGAUACACUGAGAUCCCAAAAUAAUUGCGAAGAAUGUAGCAUUAAUAAAACUAAUCGUUCUACUAGUAUUCUAACGAAAAACGAUAGUAAUUCUACAUUGAAUUCUUAUAGAACUAAAAUGAAAGAAAUACAAGCAUCCAGAAACAGUUUAAUCGAAACAAUAUCGGAACUACAGAACAAAUUAGAUAAUUUUGAAGAACUAAAAAGACACGAAAUUAAUGAUAUCGAAGCUAAACAUAAAUUAGAGAUCAUCAAAUUAAAAUCUACAGUCAGAGAGGAAAUUACAAACGUCUAUGAAGAGAAAAUAGAACAAUUAAAACUGCAUUAUGAAAAUACAAUGAACGAGAUGCAAGAAAAAGCGAGUGCGGACACCAAAGGAUGUAUGUGUAAAACUAACGUUGCAGGGAAAAAUAAAAUAAUACAAGAAAAAGAAAAUGAAAUAUCCAAACUUAAAGUACUUAUUCAGGAGCAAAAGAAGUACAUAGAAAAUAUAAUGAGUAAAGUUUUAGAUGAUUCCGCGGAUAACUCCAGCAACGAAAACGUAAAACACAAAAGCCUGGUACUAGAAGAACGUUUACAUAAACUUGAAAAACCGAAAUCGAAAUGCAGCAAAUGUUACGAGAACAAACUGGCAAAUCUACACAGAGAGAAGAAUUUAGGCGAAUGCACAAUGCAACUUCAAUUAGUUAAACAUAGGGCUCGGGUGGCUAGAGAAACGACAGACGAAAAUCAGAUCGAAUUGAAUAAAGCAUUAGAUAAAUUGGAAUCUAAAUACAAAGAGAUUGUAGCGAACGUACAAUCAACUGCCAUUCAGAGGCGCAUGCAGGAUCAAAUAGCAUUGGAUUCCAUUCUACAAGCGGCCUGUGGGUUCAAAACCGUUUGUCCGAAUGCUAACAGUCAAUUUUCAGGCAAAACCGUACGCAAUCAAAACCGGACCUGCGACACUGAUAAUGUAUCUAUGCAGCUUAGGGAUAAGGUUGAAAAUAAAUCUGUAGAGGCGGACAGCCUCAUCACUGGAUACAGUUUAGACGGAGAAAGAAUGGAAGCAUUGUUUCAAAGGCUGUAUAUUACUCAGGACGGACGAGGAUCAGUGAAAUAGUUUAAUAUUAUUAUUUGUUUCUAGGUCUAUUGCAUUAAAUGGAUAUAAGGACGAUUUUCCCCAUAAAAAUAAAAUAUAUUUGAGGUUUGGAAUAUUUUCACCAUUAA